AUGUCUCUCCCAACUCAUUCCCCAUUGAAGGCCGCUGACGGGAAAACCAUCCAAAUCCCGUCUGUCGGUUUCGAGGGGCCAGGAUGGUGCAAAGACGCCACACUCGCCGCCCUCAAGGCAGGCUAUCGCCAUCUGGACUGCGCCUGGGCCUACGGCGUCAAUGAGGAGAUUGGACAAGCCAUCAAAGAAUCCGGAAUCCCCAGAUCCGACAUCUUCGUCACGACGAAGUUCUGGCCGCACUUUGCUGCCCCGGAAAACGUGGAGCUUUGUUUGGAUCUUUGCCUUAAGGAGAUGGGGCUGGAAUACGUGGAUCUUUGGCUGGCGCAUUGGCCAUUUGCCACGAAGCCGAUUUCUAGAGCUUCCUUGGAUAAGGCGAAGGGUGGUGCGACGCGCUCUGCCGAGGAGAAGGGUCAGUUGAUGGAAUCGGGGAAGCCGGUCAUCGAUUGGGAGCACAGUACUGCGAAUGUUGCCAAGUUAUCUGGCAAAACUGGUAGCUUCGUCCCUACCUGGAACGCUAUGCAAGCCCUGGUAAAGAAAGGCAAAGCCCGCACUAUCGGUCUUUCAAAUUUUUCUGUCGCCGAGCUACAAGAAGUCAUUCCACACGCUAAAGAGAUCCCCAUCUCCUGCAACCAGAUUGAAGUCCAUCCUUGGCUUCCUCAAAACGAGCUCAUCAAGUUCGGCAAUGAGAAUGGGAUCCUGACAACAUGCUACUCGCCUUUUGCAGGCCAAAAGAAAGACGGAGCCACGCUACUCAAAGACGAGAAGGUGAAGAGGCUCGCGGAGAAGAAUGAUAUGGAUGUCGGCCAGCUGCUCCAGAGCUGGGCUGUGCAGAGAGGAACGGUUCCCUUGGGAAAGAGUAGCACUCCAUCGCGAAUCAAGACGAAUCUACUGAUUCGAAAACUCACUGACGAAGAUGUCAAGGCUCUCGAUUCCUUGGCUCUUCCAAACGGAGGUGGUCGGACCGUGGACUUCACUGAGGCCUGGGGUGUCAAGCUUUUCCAGAAUUGA